CAUGGAGCUCACUGCGCCCUCUACAGUCUAGACGACCGCUUAGAUGACAGCUACUGUGUGAAUCUGCGGCGGCUGCUGGUGGUUGAUACGUCCACUGUAACUUCAAAAUGCGUGCUCACGAGAUCCGAGAACAGAAAACCAACAUGGUUGAGUGAGGAUGAGACUACCCAGCUCUGUCCUUGUGUCGGUGUCUUUGUUUACGGCCGAGACGACGGCUGCUCUGUAUCUGAGCAGCACUUAUCGCUCCGCUGGCGAUCAGAUUUGGCAGUGCUUCACGCUGCUCUUCACGCUUGUUCCAUCCGUGCUGGUGCAGCUCACACUGAUCUUUAUUCACAGAGACCUGAGCAGAGACAGACCUUUAGUGCUGCUGCUUCAUAUAUUACAACUAGGGCCAAUAAUAAGGUGCUUGGAUGCAUUCUGUAUCUAUGGCAGUGCCGGAAAGGUGGAGGAGCCGUAUGUCACCAUCACCCGUAAGAAGCAGAUGCCCCGGGAAGGGCAGACCGAGGAGGUAGAGCAGGAAGUGGGCCAGGCAGAGGGGAAGUUAGUGACCCACAGGGCCGCUUUCGCCAGGACAUCGGUCAUACAGGCCUUCCUGGGCUCUGCACCCCAGCUCACACUGCAACUCUACAUCUGUGUGCUGCAGAAAGGGGUGUCUAUCGGUAGAGGUACACUGAUGGUCAUUUCCCUUCUCUCGAUUGUAUACGGAGCCCUACGCUGCAAUAUUCUGGCCAUAAAGAUACGCUAUGAUGAUUACGAAAUCUCUGUGCGCCCGUUGGCAUACCUGUGUGUGUUCCUGUGGCGAGGGUUCGAGAUCGCCACACGAGUGGCAGUACUGGUCCUUUUCAGCUCUGUGUUGAAGGUAUGGGUGCUUCCGGUGGUGUCGGCCAACUUCGUCCUGUUCUUUCUACACCCAUGGGUUCUCUUCUGGAGCAGCCGCUCUCCUUUCCCGGAGAACAUUGAGAAGACGUUGACCCGUGUCGGGACGACUAUUGUCCUUUGCAUGUUGACCUUCCUGUACGCCGGCAUCAACGUGUUCUGCUGGUCCGCCGUUCAGCUUAGAUUGGGCGACCCUGAUCUGAUCGAUAAGGGUCAGGCAUGGAGACGCCUCGCUGUCUAUUAUUCCCUCCGUUUUGUCGAGAACACGGGGCUGACUUUGAUGUGGUACAUCCACCGGACUGAGUUCUACCAAUGGGUGGACGCUCCCGUGUUAGAACUGUCGCUGUUGUUGGGUUAUGCCACAGCUGUUUUCUUUAUGUUGCUCUUUUACCAGUUUUGCCACCCUUGCAGGCAACUCUUCUCAUCCAGUCCAGCCCAAGGCUUUUGGGAAUGCUGUGGAUCCCUCUGCCUGCUUCGUGGGACGCUCUCCCAGCCAGGCUCCACGAUUACCAAGCCACCAGGGAAAGACACUGGAGAUGAUCCACCCUGCAUUACCAAAGGGGACAUUGGACAGAGUUUGUGCGGCACUGUGUGAGCAAAGCACAGCUCUAAGAAAUAGUUCAACUAAAAAUAACAAUUAUGUCAUCAUUGACUCACCUUCAUGUAAUGCCUGUAUGACUUUUAUUCUUCUUCAGAAGUUUUUUUUUUUUUUUAACUCCAUUGACUUUUAUUGCAUAAACAAAGGCAGUUGUCUUAUAUAAAACAUUUUCUCUUGCAUUCCACGGAAGGUAUAAAGCUUUCUUUUUUAGGUGAAGUAUCCCCUAUAAAAACACUGUAUUGAGUGCCCUUUAAGGAUCAAAAGGGAGAAAUAAAAUGAAAGUGUUGGAUUUCUGCCUUAAUGGUGGAAUGUAAAAGUUUACGCUUGUUGUACUUUGAGAUGAAUAUACUUUUUCUUGUUUGGUUUACAAGGCAAAAGAGCCAGCAUGUUCCGCUGAAGUGCAUGUGAAAUUCCCUACCAAGAUGUAACCGCUGCUUUUGUCUUGUGACGUGGGAGCGCUCUGUCCCUCCUUCGGUGUUAGUUUGAUUAAUGUUAUAGCUGUCUGUGUGUAUGGAUUAUUUAAAGCAGAGUUAUUUAAAAUGUUGUAUUUAAGCUUUUGAUUUUUCCAUCACCUUGGGGACAUUGCUUGCUGAAAAAUGUUUGACAACCUCUCAGGUUCGUUAUUAAUACUUUCUUCUAGUUUAUCUUAUUACUCAACUCAUAAUGUGUGUAAGACUGUGAAAUUAGUCCUGAUUGAUCAUAUGACAGUGUCCUAUCAUGUGAUAACAUAUGGCCUAAAUUCAAGCAAUCGCCUCAAAUAGCUUUCAAAAUGUACGGACAUGUGGAUAGUGAGAAUUAGAGUUGGGUUGCCAGGACCUUCAUAAUCCUGCAAAGAAUGAUUUUAUUGAUUGUUUUUUUCUUUCCUUUGUUUACAUUCCUAUUUUGCACUUGUCUCAUCUGGAGACAUCUUUUGUACAUUAUUCAGAUUUUGUCCUACAAAAAAGUCAAUAUUUUCAUCUAAAGCAGUACGUAGAUGAUUGUGUCUUAACUUUACUGCCCCCCUGUGGGGAGUUGAAUGGCUUGAGUUGAUUCAUUUUGCAAGACUUUGUGAUUGGGUUACAUUUGGAAACUCCCUCAUAUUAUGUCCAUCAGCACUGUAUAGAACACAUCACUGCUUUUGAUAUGUGCAACUGUCAGCUAAACCCGUUUUAAAAAUAAAAUAAAUAAAGGAGAAUGUUAUUUUGUCCAUGGUGGUACACACCGGUUA